AUGACAGCAGAGACACGGAAAGGAGAGGAGUGGAGAUUUGGUGUGUUCUACAACUCGGAAGCGGCGGGGAAAAAGGGAAAGAAGAAGUGGAAGAUGGUCGUAGGGGAGAGGGAGACUGUGGGGUCUCUUAGUAGCAAAAUGGACACAACGACUGGGAACGCUGGACGCAGGACACCACACCGAAAGGAUUUGCUGCUAGGAACGCGGUACAAGAUGAAUCGUGGGGAGUUGGGGACGGUAAAGUACCUACCUGCCUGCCUUAGGUUAGGUACACUAGGCUACAAGUACAGUACCACCUACCUAGAACAAGACCCCGUGGACGAUGUGCGGGGACCAGGGAUGGACCAGGAGCCUAAUUCCCGUCAAUUACUUACACUGAGCAGAGGUACCUUACUGCUCGGUUCUGGUGAGGUGCCGCUGUGGAGAGGAAAGUACCUGAGGAAACGGGAGGUUUUGGUGGGCCCCGGGCCGGCUCUCGCACUGGAUAAUCUGCCCUGCAUCGCUGGCCAAGCUGCCCGGGGUCUGCCGGGCGGCCCUCGCGCCGGCGCUGGUGUUGGGAAAAGUUGGGACCGUAGACUCAAGUACGAGUACUUCGCUUCUGAGGUCUUCCAAAGUACAUUUCCUGAUAUGGCCACUUGGCGCCAGACAGAAAGGAAGCCAGAAGCAGAACAGAAGCACACCACUACACUUUUGCCCGCCACGAUAAACGUGUCCAUCAACGCCAUGCGACGACGUGAUGUGUGCCGCACAAUGCCCCGCGCAAACACGCGCUGGCCUGUCCUGCCAUUGUCCCGUGUCUCUAAAAAGCAGCGUCUCUCUCUUCAUCUCGCCAUUCAGCCCUUCAAAGCCAGCUCAGCGGACGCAGAUAUGGCACCACUCGAGUCCUUAGAAGCAGCAGACCACUUCCCCAACUUCAGCUAUCCAAGGCCCCAAAAGUCAGCAGGCGCCUACGGCAACCUGACGAAAGGAAAAGCUCUAGACCAUUUUGGACGCGGGGCGGAUCCGCCCCCCCAGAGUUUCCGCUCCGUUGUCAGCCCAGUGUCAUGCGCAAGCGUCUCCUGGCGAGUCGUCCAUUCCAUGCUUCAUGCCGCUUCGCUCCAACCAACCCGACCAACCACUCCUUUCCGCCACCACCCAUCUCGCCUUUUCUCCAGAUUCUACCUUUCGUUCAGGGCAAGAUUCGGGAACAAAGAGAUACAUAGACAAGCUUGCGAAUUUGACGUUCGGCAAAAGCCACAGGAAACUGGGGGAGAAAUCCGGGGCAUGGCCCCCGGUGCCGUUACACUGGUUCCGGGGCUCCCCAUUAUCGCCAUAUACCCAUAUCGGAUUGGAUCAACCCCAGUCGAUGAUCGCUUCCUCGUUACUGGUGGCCCCAAUGAUUCGCCGCCUGGGACGAAAGCUGCUUGGCCCACGCCUGCCACGCAAACUGGACCAAUUCUUCACCUCUGCAGCGCUCUUCAAGGCCUAUCGAGUCUGAGCCCGUCAUCAUUAUCAACCCGGCCCGGAAUCCAGUGUAUAUGUUGCGACGACAACCAGACACUGCGCUCCGACUUUGGCUCGAGACAGGGUCCAACAGGUUCCGAGAUAGUUGACUGCCCCAAUGUCACUUUGAAGUCUGAACGCGCCCGAGUCCCCGACGUCUUGACUCGAUCGGUAAUCGUGAGUCCGCCAAAAACGGAUCCCCCCAUCCAAACAUGUCACACCGUCGACGCCGUUGGCGUUGGGGAUGGAAGGAAACCACGCUAUCUUUGCGGAACCGCAAUUGCAAAACUUUAUCCCCUGCCCGCAUUCCGCGCCGUUCUCGGGCGGGCCCACUUCACUUCAGAGUCGAGGCUCAAGGAAGCACAACGUAGCAACAGUCUCGAAUGCUCGCGUGCUCAAUGCUCGACAUCGCAAAUAUCCCUGUUCGGAAAGCGGACUGGUCUCGUCAACUCUAGACAAUCCCAUCCCAGAUGA